CGCUGGACACUGACGCCCUGUGUUCGCCCCACAGGGCUUGUUUUUGCAAUCGAGUUGGUGUGACUUCGUGCUGGUGUGGCCUCAUAGUGCAAGGCAAGUUUGUGAGGGCUGCCGUGCGCCUGAAACGGCGCUGCCAGCCUCGCAGAGCACCACACUGCAACAAAGCUUAAAAAUUGCCCCCCGUACGGUAUCGAGGCGAAGCUUGGCUCCCAAAACAGAGCAAACUACUGCAGACCGGUGAGCAGCCAUGUGCCGGCCCCCGCCCAAGCCACGGGACGACGACGCGACGGACGACACCGAGGCGACGCACCAGAGCAAACGCUCGAGGACAAAAUCCCUCGCCGACCAGCCGCCGACGCCCUGCGAGUUGAAUCGGCGGGCGGGCAACGACGAGGCCCGCGUCGAGAAGAUCGCCGGGGCCGUGUCCACGAUCCUGGAAGCUUUAGGUGAAGAUCGGACCCGACCAGGCUUGCAACAGACGCCGAAGCGCCUCGCCCAAUUGCUCGUGGACUGCACGUCGGGCUACGCUCGCCGGCUGGACGAGGUGUUGAAUGGUGCCGUUUUCGAGGAGACCUACUCCGAAAUGGUUGUGGUGCGGGACAUCGCUCUCUACAGCCUGUGCGAGCACCACGUCGUCCCCUUCCACGGCAAGUGCCACAUCGCCUACGUGCCGAACGGGCGAGUUCUAGGAUUAUCGAAGCUCGCGCGCAUCGCCGAGAUGUACGCGCGGCGGCUGCAGGUCCAGGAGCGCCUGACGCAGCAGAUCGCGCAGGCCGUCCAGGACGCCUGCGAGCCGCUCGGCGUGGGCGUCGUCGUCGAGUGCUCGCACAUGUGCAUGUGCAUGCGCGGCGUGCGCGCGGCCGGGUCGUCGACGGUCACUUCUGCUGUCCUCGGUUCCUUCCGGUCGGACUUCCGGACGCGCCAGGAGUUCUUCGCCAACAUCUCGAUGGGCGCCCGCACGCUCUAGCCUCGUUUCGCCUGUACAA